AGAUAAAAAUAACACAGUCGCUGGGCACAGUUAGAGGACUUGAGUGUCAGCGAGUAUUUCAACCAUCAGCUGCCAGUUAAUCGUUGACAUUGCCUUCAAACCGACAUGAAGUCCGGUCAGGUCUUGUCUUGGGCGGCGGCCAUCUUGUUGGUUGCCACGGUAACCUGUCACAAAGCAUGCCUGGAUCUGGAGCUCGAGAAGCGUCUCAAUAUAAAAGGCGUUAAGACCUAUCCCCGCCCGUGGGAAGACCCAGAGUUUGUCGCCUCCCUCCCCGAGGGGUGGGACUGGAGGAACAUCAGUGGCGUGAGUUAUGUGAGCACUACCAGGAACCAGCACAUUCCUCAGUACUGUGGCUCCUGCUGGUGUAUGGCUGCUACCAGCGCCCUAGCAGACAGACUGAACAUCAAACGUAAGGCGGCCUGGCCUUCAGCCUAUCUCUCUGCCCAGCACGUGAUCGACUGUGCGGACGCUGGCAGCUGUGAGGGCGGGUCGGACGACGGUGUGUGGGCAUAUGCCCACAAGCACGGCAUACCAGACGAGGGCUGUAACAACUACCAGGCUAAGGAUCAAGACUGCACAGACUUUAACCAAUGUGGAACGUGUACAACAUUCGGCGUGUGUAACACGGUUAGUAACUACAGGCUGACGAAAGUGGGAGACUAUGGUGACGUCAACGGGAGGGACAAGAUCAUGGCGGAGGUUUACGCUAACGGCCCGGUCAGUUGUGGUAUUGACGCCACAGAGGGUUUAGAGAAAUACAAAGGCGGCAUCUACUCGGAGCACAAGCUGAUGCCUAUGGCAAACCACGUGGUCAGUAUUGCCGGAUGGGGUGUGGAGAAUGGUGUGGAAUUCUGGGUAGUUCGUAACUCGUGGGGCGAGCCUUGGGGAGAGAGCGGCUGGUUCCGUAUCGUGACAAGCAAAUACAAGAACGGACGGGGGAAAGAAUACAACCUGGGCAUCGAGGAUGGCUGCGCCUAUGGUGAUGUCAUUGUGUGAUUGUGACAAGAUGGUAUUUGUCACUGUGUCACUGUGACAUACGAAUUAUAUGUAAUUGUGGCAAGAUGAUAUAUGAUAACGCGACACGUGUCUCAGUGACUUUGACAUAAGAUGACACCUGUUAUAUGCUUAUGUCGCCUCUACGUUUCCAUAAAUAAAUCUUGAUACCCAAA